GAAGUGAAACUUCGUGAUGAUCAGUAUACCCUUGACCACAUGCGUGCUUUUGGCAUGUAUAACUAUCUUCACCUUGAUUCUUGGUCCCAGGAUAAUGUCUACUAUGUUGAUCAAUUUGGAAGGGUUAUGAAUCUGUCAGUGACUCUGGACACUGCCCUACAAAAACCAAGAGAAGUUUUCAGGCUGCCUACAGAGUUGACAGCUUGUGAUAAUCGCCUUUGUGCCUCAGUACACUUCUCAUCUUCCAUGUGGGUUACCCUUUCUGAUGGUACAGGAAGACUGUAUUUAAUUAAAUCAGGCAAGCGUGGAAGUGGUGCAUCUGAAAAGUGGGAGAUUGUGUUUAAUGAAGAACUAGGAAGUCCAUUUGUUAUAGCACACAGUGUUUCAUUUAUAAAAUCUGGCAGGCAUUCAGUAGCUGUGUUGCUGCUUAGGGUAGAAAAAGAUGAAUUGGACGCAAAAGGAAGCGGAUUUCACAUUACCUUGGAAUGGGUUACAAUUGCAGAGAUAAGCAAAGAGGGUGAUCAUAGAUAUGAAAUCUUUAAAAGGAGAGUUUUACAAGGCAAAUCAGUCCCCCAUUAUGCAGCAAUAGAGCCAAAUGGGGAUGGUCUAAUGAUUGUUUCCUACAAACCAUUCAAAUUUAUGCAAGAUAAAGAUGAAAAAUUAGAAGAAAAUGAUGAUGAUGCAAAAGCAACAAAUGAAAAGAAAGACCCUCUCUAUUACUGGCAGCAGACUGAAGAAGAUGUGACAAUAACAGUUCACAUUCCUCAAGACAUCACUAAGGAUGACAUAAAAGUACGCUUUUCCCCUGAGAACAUAUAUGUUACGCUGAAAGACCAGCCUCCUUUGCUGGAAGGAAAACUCUAUUCAUCUGUGGACCAUGAAAGCUGCACGUGGAUAAUUAGAGAGAACAAAAGGUGUU